AUGUCGUUCACCCAGAACUUUAUCGGUGCUUCGUACCCUGCGCACUCGGUUCUCGAGAGCGCCAAGCCCCCGACGGGUGUUGACCUGUACUCGCGCUUCGCCCUGGCCGGUGCUCUCUGCUGCUCUAUCACCCACGGUGCCAUGACUCCGAUCGAUGUGGUCAAGACCCGUAUCCAGCUGGAGCCUACCGUGUACAACAAGGGUAUGAUUGGUAGCUUCCGCCAGAUCAUUGCCAACGAGGGUGCCGGUGCUCUGCUCACUGGUCUUGGCCCGACUGCCAUGGGUUACUUCCUGCAGGGUGGUUUCAAGUUCGGUGGUUACGAGCUGUUUAAGAAGCUCAUUGUCGACCAGGUUGGCAUGUCCACCGCCCAGGAGAACCGCAUGGGUGUUUACCUUGCUGCCUCGGCUCUUGCUGAGUUCUUCGCCGACAUUGCCCUCUGCCCUCUGGAGGCCACUCGUAUCCGUCUCGUCUCGCAGCCCACUUUCGCUAACGGUCUCAUCGGUGGCUUUGCCCGCAUUGCCCGUGAGGAGGGUCUUGGCGGUUUCUACGCUGGUUUCGGUCCGAUUCUGUUCAAGCAGGUGCCGUACAACAUGGCCAAGUUCGCUACCAUGGAGAUUGUGUUGGAGGCUCUUCUCUCGACCUACGGCAAGCAGAAGUCGGAACUCUCGUCGACUGAGGCUACCACCUUCAACCUCGGCUCGGGUCUGAUUGCUGGUUUCGCUGCUGCCACCAUCUCGCAACCGGCCGACACCCUGCUCUCGAAGGUCAACAAGACCAAGGCUCUGCCGGGUGAGACCACUGGUGGCCGUCUCCUCAAGUUCGCCAAGGAGCUCGGCCCGGCCGGUCUCUUCACCGGUCUGACCACUCGUCUGGUCAUGGUCGGUACUAUGACUGCCUUCCAGUUCGGUAUCUACGGCCAGAUCAAGCAGGCCCUGGGUGCCACCAACUCGGUCGAGAUCGCCAAGGUCGUCAAGGCCUAA